CACUCCCACUCUCAGCCUGCACAUCUGGAAGGUACCAGAAGGGACCUGGUCUCUCCAGCUGUGGCUGCUGCUCUCACUAUGGCCCAGGGCUGAGUGGUCUGAGGCACUUGGACUUGCACAGACUUUUCAAUACAUUGCUGGACGGCUGCAGGUCAGACAUUAUUACCGGAGGUAGAUGUAAGCAGGUGUGAAUGGUGGUGUAGUUUCUUCCUUGUUCUGAGGCCCUGCUGUGUUCUGGAAGUUCAGACAGACCAAGUUCUGGUGAAGGUGCUCCCCAGACCACCUCCCCUUUCACCCACCAACACAUCCAGACAGAGAUCUGAGAGGAGUGUGUGGUUCAGGCCCAGAGGAGAGAGAGAGAGUGGGUGUGAGCAAUGAGGCGGCGCUGCCUGCUGCUGUGUGUAGUUCUGCUGGGCUGGACUCUGGUCCUGGGGCAGCAAGGAGCACAGCCAGACCACCGGCCACUGGCACAGCACCAAAAGGAGAAGAAAGAAGAGUGGAGGGAUGAAGACCUGCAGGGAGAAGUAGAAGAGAAGCUGGACAGAGAGGUGAGCGUGAGCUCACAGUCAAAGCCAGAGGGGGUGUGUCCAGAGAAGUGCAGCUGCACAGCCGAGGGAGCAGUGGACUGCGCUGGAGUCGACCUGACCGGAUUUCCACCAAAUCUGCCGGAUACCACACGCCAGCUCUCACUGCAGAACAACCAGAUCACUGAGGUGACAGUGGAGGACCUCUCACGGCUCCUUCAGCUGGAGACCCUCAACCUACAGAACAACCGGCUCACCACACAAGGCCUUGAAGACGAGGGAUUUGAAGUUCUAGAGCAGCUGGGUUACUUAUACUUGGCAAAUAACAAGCUCACUGCAGCUCCCAGACAUCUCCCCCCUGCACUGGUCAGCGCUGACUUUGCUGCUAACCAACUCACCAAGAUCUACCCUUACACCUUUGGUCAGAAACCUGCGCUGAAGUCAGUGUAUCUCCAUAACAACAAGCUGACGGAAGCAGGUUUACCUGAGGGAAUGUUUAAUGGUUCAGACAACCUGGAGGUGCUCAUCAUGUCCAGCAACUUCCUGCGCUAUGUCCCCAAGGGCCUGCCCUCUGCUCUCUACCGUCUGCACCUGAAGAAUAACAAGUUGGAGAAGAUUCCUGCUGGUGCAUUUGAGAACCUGUCCCAGUUGAGAGAACUUUACCUGCAAAACAACCUCCUCAGCAACGACGGCAUGGAUAAUAACACUUUCAGUCAUUUGACAAGCCUGGAGUACCUGGACCUCUCUAAUAAUAACCUUACUGAGGUCCCUAGUGGUCUGCCCCGGAGUCUGGUGCUGCUCCACCUGGAAAAGAACUCCAUCUCCCGGAUACCUGCUGACUCCCUGACGCCUAUCCGUAACCUGGAGUACCUUCUGCUCCACAACAACCGGCUACGUGCCCGUGCCAUUGACCGGGAUGCCUUCCGUGGACUGAAGCGCCUUCACACACUGCACAUGUACAACAACCUGCUGGAGAGGGUCCCCCGUGGCCUGCCCCGCCGUGCCAAAACCCUCAUGCUUCUGCACAACAUGAUCAGCGAGAUUGGCCGUGAUGACCUGAUCACCCUGCAUACGCUGACUGAGCUAAAUCUCAGCUACAACCGCUUGACCAGUGCCAAGCUACACCGUGAAGCCUUCCGCAAACUGCGAGUCUUGGAGGCCUUGGACUUGUCGGGGAACCGGUUGCAAGCUCUGCCAAAGGGGCUGCCCAAAAGUCUGCAAGUGCUCAAAGUGAAGGACAACCAGAUCGAAGAGCUGCCAGAUGGAGCUCUAACAGGCAUGGGCAAGCUGAGGGAGCUUUACCUGUCCAACAACCAGCUCAAAACCAACUCCUUUUACCAGGGAGCAUGGCAAGAACUGAGCUCACUCACGACACUAGAUCUCUCCACUAACCUGCUGUCUCACGUCCCUGCUGACCUUCCGGAGUCGCUGGAGUUUAUCCACCUGCAGCACAACAGAAUCAGCAGCAUCCCAGCUACAGCCUUCCUCUCGACACCCAACAUUAAAGGCAUCUUCCUCAGGUUUAACCGCCUCUCGGCUCUCUCUGUGGCGGAGGAUUCCUUCACUCACCUCUCUAAGCUGCAGGUGUUGGACAUCGGCCACGGCAACAUCACCCCCAGUCAUAACCAGGGGGAGGAGGUGGAUGAAGAUUAUGUAGAAAGAGAGGAAGAGAAGUAGGAAGAAGAGGAAGGUCAGCAGGACAGCCUCAAGAGAAGUGGACCACGCAUCAAUCCAUGAAAACAUGACGUCCCAAUGAAUAGUGACAGGUUCAGAACUAAAAAGCUGUUUAGACGUGUUAUGGAGAUCUUAUUUAACCCUUAGAGGUCACAGUCAUUACCAGUAAUAACAAAAUCAUGCUCUCAAUUUAUAUCAAACAGAGAAAUUCUGAAGAUUCCAAACUUUCAAACCUGUUGUUUGUGAGUAGAAGAGAAGUUAUAUUAGCAUCUGAAGAGGAAAAGUUUUGUGGACAGUCUUAUUUUACAGAAAGAAAAAAAAGCUAUACAUUUUUGCCAUUUUUAGUCAUUUUCUGACAUUGAAACAAAUUUUAAAAAGUAAGUAAUGUAUAAAUGUACUGUAAGGUAAAAAAAGCCAGAACAUCCUUUAUCUUUUUUUUGUUUUUUAGUCAGAAGUCAGGUCCAUCAAUAUUUUGAUAUGUACAAAGUCUGUCUACCACAGCAUAUUGGAGUUUAAAUUAAAUAAUCAGGUCCAUUUGCACUGUGACAUGCUGUCCAUGCCCAUGCUGUAACACUACCUCCACCAUGCUUGACACAUGAGGUGGUGCACUUUGGAUCAUGAGCCAUUCCUUCUCUUCUCUAUACUCUCCUAUUCCCAUCACUCUGGUACACGUGAAGCUUUUUUUGAUUGGACAUCAUAUUAAGACUUAAUAGAAUACAAAUGCCACAUGUGAAAUCAACUCAAGACCUUUCAUAUGCUUACUAGUGGGUGAGAUAAUGAGGGAAUAACACACUCUUCAGCAGCCAAUUGUCCCAGCCCUUAAAAUUGGUUGUAAUUCCUACAUUGUUCAUCAUAACUAGAUGUAAAUACCAUCAAAUAAAAGCUGAAAAUCCGCACUUUGUUAUUUCAUUUGAACUCCAGUAUGCUGUGGCUUUUCAAAGAAAUCUCCAAAGUUCAGUCUUGGAAGUUGGCUGCAUUUUCUGCUUCUCACAAACUGAGUAAUCCCAAGCACCAAUCCAGUUUUGGAAACUGUGGAAAAAUGAAUAACUUGUACAAACAGGCCAUUUUGACCAGAGAUUCAGUGAAUGAAGUGUGGUUUCUGACUUGUACACAGUACUGUACGUCAAUGGACAAAAUGACAGUAAUAACUCUAAACUUCUAAGGGUUCAAAUAAUGACAGUAACAUGAGUCUUAAUGGCUUU